CGCGUGUGAACCUGCUAGAUGUUUUUCAAGUCUUUGGACCUGACGACUGCACUGAGACCCUUGCUGUUACCUGACGAGACUCUUCUCUUUGUCCAGGAUGCGGUGGGGCUGUAUGAGGGGAAAUACAAGAUCCCCGAUUAUCAAGAUGGCCAUGCCUACUUAACAUCCCAUCGGGUAUGCUAUGUAGCGACAGAUGAUCCUCGAAAAUACUCGGUGGCGAUCGAUCUGAAGGAAAUUGAUCGUGCUGAAUAUCAGGCAGGCUUUCUGAAAUCGUCUCCAAAAAUUACUAUAUAUCCCAAACCGCAAAAGAGUAAGACCGAUAAGUCGCGCAGUGCAACGUCUAGUCCUGCCGUGCCCCCAUCAUCGACCCUCUAUCCAAGCUCAGGCAAGCCGGGUUCUACUCUUCCACUAUCGAUCGCCCCGCAAAAGCCGCCUUCCACCUCAGUGAACUCGACGUGGAUCUGUCCCAUUUGCACCUUCUCGAAUCCUGUGCCUUCAAAUUUCGAUCCUGCCACAGCGAAACCGACGACCCAUUUACCACCAUGCCUAGCAUGCGGUAUUAAGCCACCUUUUACAACCGUUUUAAAGGCUGCGGUCAGUGCUGCAGCCAGUCGGGAACCUCUUCCACGACCCAGCUCAGUUCCCAUUGGAGAUAAUACGAUCCAUGGCACUGACCAUCAAUCGGUGCCCGUUGCAUCAGAUUCCAUAUCAUGCCCUCGAUGCACCUUUGUGAACCAUCCAUCUUUAAUAGAAUGUGAAAUGUGCGGGGCACCAUUAGUAUCUACGGCUUCUUUGGAUCGGACUCGUGGUCGUCGUACUGAUUCCCCGGCUCCAUUCUUCGAGCAAUCGCGAAAUCCGAACACUGAAGUGAUCGAGAGCAUCAAGCUCUCUUUCCGUGGAGGUGGAGAUAAAACUUUCCAUGAGAGACUGAAGAACGCUCUAAUCCAGCGAAAAUGGCUGCUUCAAAACGCACCCCCUGUGCCUCCCCCUGAACAGAGUGCAUCAAGUGCGCCCACGACUACUACUUCUACUAACAUGCUGGAAAGUCCUCAACCAGCACCUCCACGAGUAUCUGCCGUGGGAAUUGCGGGCCUGGAACAGCGGGGACUGGAAGCACGGAUGAACAAUCAACUAGUGAUCGGUAACGCUUUCGAGGAUCUAGAAGCUUUAAUGGCUUCUGCCAAGCAAAUUGUUGCGCUGGCUGAAACUCUGGCACGGGAGUCGGGCAUGUCCACGAACGAGGGGUCCGCCGAGACUACCGCGGUCUUAUCUGAAUCUGCAGCCGCUCUAGGGAUGGUCACCACUAAGGACAUGCUCAGCUCUGGAUCGGAGAAUCUUUAUCUAUCAGAACUAGCCCGCAAUUUGGCCGAAUACCUGACCGAUGAUCGUAAAGGUAUUCUACAACGAGAAGGGGGCAUUAUGAGUCUUAUCGAUCUAUGGUCGGUCUUUAAUCGGUCACGAAAUGGAGUGGAACUCAUUAGCCCGUCAGAUUUCCAACGUGCUGCGGAGCUCUGGGAGAAGCUCAGAUUACCGGUUCGUUUACGACGGUUCAAGAGCGGGCUCUUAGUCGUUCAGCAAUAUGACUGGAGCGAUGAAAAGACACUUCGUCAACUACAAGACUGGAUGGAAGAGCUACGGCGAGUCCCGCCGGAGGAAUCGGUCCCAUGGGAUUGGACAGUAUUCGGUCGGGCCGUUACUGCUCAAGAAACGGCCCAGCGUUUCAAAUGGAGUGUUGGCGUGGCUGCUGAAGAGCUUGAGAUGGCAGAAGACCGGGGGGCUCUCUGCAGGGAGGAAGGGGUGGAAGGGCUACGGUUCUGGAUCAAUGGUCUCAUUGACACCCCCAGUUGA